GGAGCCACCAGCACGCCGUCUCGGCCGAUUCAGGGGCCGCUGGGCACUGCAACCACUGGAACGUGCCGUCAUCGAACCGUCUACAGCGCCUACCCACAGCCGCAGCGCCGCAAAGUCAAAGCCGCACAGGCUGGCAUCCAGUCCACCGCAACCUUGGCAGACACGCCUCAUAGCUCAAACUCGCAGGAUAUAACCCACCCAACUCGGAAGCAAUGGUCCGGAAACGCCAGCCGGCAGCGCCGGAUGCCUCGUCCACCUCGUCUCCUCCAUCCUCAGCAGCAGCAGCACCGGGCUCCUCGACAUCAGGCGUCAUGGCGGGCUCCUCGACAGCUGCUUCGCCGAGCGGUCCGACGCAAUGGAUGUUCUUUGCCGUGGCGAGCGGCGCUUGUGCGGCCUUCAAUGGCGUCUUUGCGAAGCUCACUACAACCGAGCUUACCGCCAGCCUAUCUAACAAGAUCGCUCACAUCUUCGGCCUCUCCGCCUUUGAACAUAUCGUCGAAGCUGCCGUCCGCGUCUUCUUCUUCGUCCUCAACCUAACCUUCAAUGGCGUCAUGUGGACGCUCUUCACCAAGGCCCUCGCACGUGGCACGUCAACCACGCAGGUCUCCAUUAUAAACACAUCGACCAACUUCAUGGUCACGGCACUGCUCGGCUUUGUCAUUUUCUCAGAGUCUCUGCCGCCGCUGUGGUGGGCUGGCGCUGCGCUGCUGGUAGUGGGCAACGUCGUUGUCGGGAGCAAGGACGAGAGCAAGGAUGCUUCGGCCGCGGAAGGGGGCUAUGUUCCAAUGCCCGGCGAUGAUGAAGGGCAGCCUGGAAGGGGGGACGAGGAUGAAGAUGUCAUCGACCUGGGGAGAGGAUCGGAUGACAGAUCAAGGUAAAUGGGCUAUUUGGGUUGUUCAUCCCCAACGGGAUUUUUGGAUAGUCGAUACUAAACUUGAUACUUAGAACGCAUUGUCAAGUAUUGCG